AUGGCAGAUAUCGAGAAGCACGUCAACCACGAUGGUGACUCACCAAAAGCUGCGUCGUCCAUCUCCUCUGCCGACUACACACACAUCAACGAGAAGUCGCUUCUCCGCAAACUCGAUUGGAGACUACUUCCCGGUGUCUCCCUCUUGUAUCUGGUCUCCUUCCUCGAUCGCUCCAAUGUCGCUAAUGCACGUCUGGAUGGCUUGGUCGACGACCUUGACAUGACUGGUAAUGAAUACCUCACUGGUCUUACUGUGUUCUUCGUCGGCUACAUCUCGCUGGAAGUGGUGUGGAAUCUGAUACUCAAGAAGAUCGGACCUAGAAUUUGGCUGCCAGCAGUGACGAUUGUUUGGGGUAUCGUGACCACCCUGCAAGGAGUGUUGGUCAACAAAGUCGGCUUCUUCGUCAUUCGAACUGCGUUGGGUAUCGCUGAAGGCGCGCUGUUCCCAGGUGUUGUGUUCUAUCUUUCCAUGUGGUACAAAAGAGAAGAGAGAACAUACAGAGUAGCCCUGUUUUUUUCUGCCGCUAGUCUGGCAGGAGCUUUUGGUGGUAUUCUAGCCUAUGGCAUUGGAUACAUGAGAGGUACAGCAGGUCUCAAUGGCUGGGCAUGGAUCUUCAUCAUCGAAGGCAUAGCUACUGUGCUCAUCGGCAUUGCAUCUUACUGGUUCAUCGUGGAUUGGCCCGCGAAGAGCACAUUCCUUGCACCAGAUGAGAAGGCCUUUGUGACUGCACGUCUCAAGGCCGACAGCGACGCCUCCAACAGCGAAGAGUUUGAAUGGUCUGAAGUGUUCAAAGCCUUCAAAGACCCAAAAGUCUGGCUGUAUUGCGCCCACUUCCAUACCUUAAGUCUUCCGCUAUACACACUGUCCCUAUUCUUGCCCUCCAUCAUCAAGAGUCUAGGCUACAAAGCUUCUUCCGCCCAACUCCUAACCAUCCCUCCAUACGCCCUAGCAACAGGUCUCACGGUCCUCUAUGCCAUCACCGCCGAAAGAUUCCGCCGCCGCAACGUCUUCAUCAUGACAUCCUCGCUCACUGGCAUAAUCGGCUACAUCAUCCUCCUCUCCAACAAACACCCUACUCGUCACCCAGCAGUCAGUUACGUCGGCACCUUCUUCGCCGCUGCAGGAAUUUACCCUUCUACUGCUCUGGCACUUUCGCUUCCUGCUAUCAAUGUAUCUGGACAGACCAAGAGAGCCACAGCCACGGCUAUGCAGAUCACAAUCGGCAACCUUGGCGCAGUGCUCGGAACUCAACUUUAUCGAACUGAGACUGCACCCAGGUACGUUUUGGGACAUUCGUUCGCGUUGGCAUAUCUGUGUAUGAAUGUCUGUGUUGCGGGAUUGACUUGGUGGAAGCUGAACAAGGAGAACAAGAAGAAAGAAGGGUUGGAGGCAGAAGUGCAGCACAGCGAUGAGCAAGGUUUUAAAGGUGAUGACGAUGUUAGAUUCAGGUUUACUGUUUAG